UUAUUUUCUGAUUUUGCCGUUGGUCAAUCCAACCAUCAAGUGGCCUUUAUCCAAUCAAUAGCCUUUUUCAGAAUAAUAUAAUCCAUUCAAAGUGGGUAUAUGACCCCGGCUUCUUGGAUUGCAUUGGAGAACCAUAAGCUCAAACAGCACUCGAACAAAAGCUUGAAGUUGUUCCGAGAGCACCAUGGCUACCCAGGUCUUUGUGGAUUGGAAGGGAAAUCCAGUCAACAAAAAGAGGCAUGGUGCAGUCAGAAGUUCAUAUUUCAUCUACUUCAUGGUAGUGAUGGGAAACAUAGCCUUUGUGCCCAACAUGCUGAACUUGGUUAACUACCUACACGGCACCAUGCAUAUGGGCAUUUCAAGCUCUUCAACCACGGUCACAAACUUUAUUGGUGCCGCAUGUGGCUUUGCUCUGUUGGGAGCCUUUCUUUCAGACUCAUAUAUCACACGAUUUAAAACCAUACUCAUAUUCGGUCCUGUGGACUUCUUGGGUUAUGCGUUGCUAGCGUUGCAAGCACACCUCCCAUCACUCCAUCCAUCAGACUGUGACAUGAAUGGGCAACAAAACAAUUGCGAGCAAGUUCAUGGCUUCAACUCUGCCCUGCUUUACAUUGCUCUGUACACCACUGCUUUGGGUGAGGGCUGCGUGCGUGCUGCCUUGCCAUCUUUGGGGGGAGAUCAAUUCGACGACAAGGACCCAGUUGAGUUACAACUCAAGUCCAGCUUUUUCAACUGGUUCACCUUUGGAAUUUCAUUAGGAGGUUUCAUAGGCCUCACACUUGUGGUGUGGAUUGAGAGCAACAAGGGAUGGGAUAUUGGUUUUGGUGUCUCUGCACUUGCAGUUCUCCUAGGAGUGCUAGCAGUAGCUGGUGGUGUCUCUUUCUAUCGCAAUCAGAUACCAAAAGGAAGUCCUCUGACUCGAAUAGUGCAGGUUUUUGUGGCUGCAUUCAAAAAUCGAAAGCUCGUGUUGCCUGAAAAUGUAGACCAACUGCAACAUAAUUCUGAGGAUAUGGAUAUCAUUGAAGUCCUUCCUCACACAAAGGGUUUCAAAUUCCUUGAUAAAGCUUCAAUUAAUCAUGGAGACACAGGAACUUGGUCCUGCACUGUAACACAAGUGGAGGAAACGAAAAUUAUACUUCGAAUGCUUCCCAUCUUAAUCAGCACUGUGCUUGGUUACUUACCUACGCCUGUUCUCUUGACAUUCACUGUCCAGCAAGGCAGCACUAUGAACACAAAGCUUGGGAAGAUCCACAUCUCCCCUGCAACUCUCUUUGUAAUUCCAGUGAUAUUUCAGAUGGUGAUCCUGGUAAUCUAUGAUCAAUUCAUUGUGCCCUUCGCACGAAGGAUCACAGGAUACGUAGGAGGUAUUACUAACUUGCAACGUGUGGGCGUUGGUUUCGCUGCUUCAGCAUUAGCAACAUGUGUGGCGGCAUUGGUGGAAAGGAAGAGAAAAAACAUAGUAGAAGAGCAUGGGCUAGAAAACUUUGAAACUGGUGUCCCCAUGUCUGUAUUUUGGCUAGCACUGCAGUUCUUUCUUUUGGGCAUUGUUGAUGUAACUUCCUUUGUUGGAUUACUGGAAUUCUUUAAUGGCGAAGCUUCGAGAGGAAUGAAAUCAAUAGGAACAGCCAUAUUCUGGUGUGUACUUGGGUUGGCAUCCCUGUUGGGAACUUUCCUGGUUGACAUGGUGAACAAAGCUACCAGACAUGGUGAUACUGGAAGGGGGUGGCUAGAGGGAGCCAACUUGAACAAGAGCCACCUUGAUUGGUUUUACUGGUUAGUUACAGUCCUUGAACUGGUGGCUCUCUUCAAUUAUAUGUACUGGGCAAGGAGGUAUGUCUAUAGGCAUGAUCCCCGUAUACCUCAAGAGCUGACUGAAAUAAAUGAUAAGGAUUCCUCCAAAACACAAGAGGUGGUUGCAAUUUAAUCGCAUCGCAUGUAACAGUUGUUAUCUUCCAGAAUAAUUAGAAAUUUGUGAUAUCAGUGUAUGAAUAUUAUUGAAAGCACAAACAAUGUAAAUGCAUCAGUAAGAAGACUGUUUGUUAUAAUAGA